GCCUCCGCAAGGCAGAGAGAGAGAAGGAGAGAAAGAGAGAUAGAUCAAUGCACUCGCGGAACUCAUUGCCGCAGUCACUCUCGUAGUCCACUCGAAAUCCUGGACUAGGUCCUAGAGCCUCGACGGAUCCUCCAGGUUCUCAUGAUAGGUCUCCAGACGCGAGAACCUUAACGUGGAGAAACGUCAUCCGGAUGAGGUGCUCCACUGAAGGUGGAAACGUUGCUGCGACGACCUGGUGCGAUGAACGAUGGACGGGGCGAGCGAUCGCGAAAGACGAGGCGGUAGGACGACGACGAGGAAGACGUUGAAGACGACGGCGCCAGGUCCGGCUCGCGAAAUGGUGGGCGCUCGCGCCCUGUGCAACUGUGCUGUGAAAUGCGAUAUAACGUCGAUGCAAGCCGGCGGGUGAGAAGUGGGCGUCUCUGCACACGGACGGACACGCGCUCCAAUCGUUAGUCGACGGAGGAAUCGUUUAUCGACGCUAUCCCUAGGAGAGGAAUACUCGACCAAGAGUGGAAUUUCAUCCGCGAGUGUGCUUCUGAAGGAGAAAAGAGAGAGAGAGAGUCGUCCACUUUUGCGACGAAGAGGAAGAAUCCUUUUUUGGAUCUGUAGAAACGUCAACGAGGAGAGGAUUCCGCUUAAACCAGCUGGAAUCACAUUGAUCGAGUAUUGUAGAGAUCCCUUCCACAUUCGAGUUUGUGACUAAUCGAUGCAACACAGGCGACCUCGUAUCUCGGGCGACCCUUGGAGAAAAGAAGCAAGAGAGAGAAAGGAUGCCCAGAAUAUUUCCUCCUUAAGAUCGGAAACUCGGAUGCUUCCAAGUGAUUCACCGUGCUGAACCACGUCUGAUCAUCUUUGUUCCGCUCGCGUAUACUCGCAAGGGAAGGAUUUCGAAAGCGACGAUAGCCGAAGAAGGUAUUUCCUUCGUGAAUUGAAUGAUGUCACUGACGAUUGACCGAGAAACGUCUCACAAGUGUAUCAUGUAUUAUUCUGUAUGAUUCUAGAAUUUUUCCCCGGAAACUGUAUACCCAUGAACGUCGUACAGUUCCAUGAUUUCCUCCACGUUUCUCCAGGCUGGCAAGAAUGAUCAGGAGCUUCAAUGAGAAGCAGCCAGUCUCCGAGUAAUAAAUGGUGACCUAGAAGAAACCAAAACCCCGAGGGUGGAGUCCAGAAGAGAGCAAGAGAGAGGAUGGCAGCGAGGAGGGACGAAAAGAAAGAGGAGAUUCAAGAUUACUAGAAGAAGAACAGAGGAAGCUUAAAGAAAAUGCGAAGAGGUUACUUCUAUUACUCCAAAAGGAAGAAUGUAUUCGCAAAGGAUGGUGUACAAUUCUAGAAACUAGUUACACUCCUUCAACGAGAGGAAGGAAGUUCUCGAACACCGUCGUACACACUAACUCGACGAAGGAGGAAGUGACAUCGCGUCGAACUGAAUCGCGAGCGAGUUGAAAGGUGUCAGGAGGGGUCAGAUUCGACGCGGAUCGAUGUGACACAGUGGCCCGACGUUGACGGUGGAUUACGAGAGAAUUGCCGGAAAAGCAAGGCGACCCCGAGGGGUGCAUCUUGACUUCACGAAAGGUGGUGUCUCGUACAAGGCAAAAGGAAGGGGAAUGGCGAUGCAACAGUCAUCGACCGAGCGGAGAAGGAGACGCCUCCGGGAAAUAGAGCAAUGGUGAAAGUGCACGGGUCCUCUUUGAUCCUCCGCGAGGGACGAGAAGUAUCGACAGAUCGGGCUAUUAUACGGAAAGUGACGACUCGGUCAAGGUGGCCUGCCAAGUGGUGGUAGUAGACGCGAUUAGAACGCCGGGAGGGUAUCUUCUUGAGACUGAUGCGGCGAUGCGUCGUUCAUCGAUUGACCCGUCGUCGCGGGUCGUCCUUCGCCAAGGGAACGAGUGGACGGAAAGUCGUCCGCUUGCGAGUACGUCGUCGCAACGAUAGCUCGAAGGCUUUUAGAUGUUAAUACGCUUAGAUGGGGCUAGGUGAGAUACGCGUGAUGACCGAGUUGCCGGAGGACCAACAACGACCUCUUUCGCCAAGUUUACGCGACGAGAGUUAUUAUGCGCUGAAGAAGCCGAGAGCGAGCGGACGAGAGAGAUCGCCCUUCGGACGGACACCGGGAUAUGGAUGUGCCACAUAAAUGUCACCUUCGGAAGGAGACGUGAAUCUCCUCGCGAUGAGGGCUGCUCUUGUACGAAGGAUUUUUUCGUUGAACGAAGGAGGAGGAAAAUAAGGAGGAAGAGCAAGAGAGAGAAAUAAGCGGGCAUUAUUUGUCAGUUAAUGCGGUUUCCUCGAAUUCUGUGAGUUGUUUAGCGCGACGUCGCGCGGCUCCUUAGGAGAAGGACGUAUUAUGCACAGGUGCACGGAUUACCGUAGUAUCGAUAGGAUGUUCAAGAGCAGGAUUUUCCAGGGCGAUCUCAGCCCCGUCCCAAUUCCAGGCAGCCUGCAACAAUCCAGUCAGCAGGGCCAGCAGAGUGAGCAGGAACUGGCGACGAAAAUGCUGCAAAUUCAAAGCAAAAGAUUCUACCUUGACGUAAAACAAAACAGACGUGGAAGGUUUAUCAAAGUCGCUGAGAUUGGAGCGGAUGGAAGAAGAAGCCAAAUCUAUCUGGCACUCAGUACAGCAUCCGAAUUUCGGGACCAUCUGUCGACGUUUAGCGAUUUUUACGCAUCUCUAGGUCCACCAAACCCGGAAAACGUACCAGACGACGGAAAACUGAAAUCAGAAAUGAUGGUGAAGGAUAACAGGCGAUAUUACUUGGACCUCAAGGAGAAUUCUCGCGGCCGUUUCCUGCGGGUGAGUCACCCUGUAUCGCAGACGAUAACACGGGGAGGACCUAGAACGCAGAUUGCAAUACCAGCGCAAGGCAUGAUAGAGUUUCGCGACGCGUUAACGGACCUUCUCGAGGAAUUCGGGACGGACGACGGUGGCUUUAAAGGCGACUUGCCCGAGGGCCGUUACAUGCGCGUGGAUAGCAAGAAUUUCUAUUUUGAUAUAGGCCAGAACAACCGUGGCAUCUACAUGAGAAUUUCUGAGGUAAAGACAAACUUCAGGACAGCCAUCACCGUACCGGAAAAGUCCUGGGCGCGUUUCCGUGAUAUCUUCGCAGAUUAUUGCGAAAAGAUGAAGGAGGGAGGUGGCGUGAGCAGCAGCGGCGGAGGGAAUGUAUUGUCCGAGGGGAAGGGCUCGGUGGUGGCACAGGUACCAUCGCCAUCCUCGAACACACAGCCUAACCCCAAUCCAAAUUUAGACUCUCCCCUAAUCAAGUGAAAAAGGCUUUAACUUAACUCGAACAUUUGGGAAUUAUAACUCGUUUUCAAGUCAUUAAGCGAAGUAAAGGAACUUGUCAGAGUCGUCUAUGCCAUCGUCGGUCAUCGUCAUUUAUUAUUCAUCGGCUAUGACAUCGACAUGGUCAUCGGCAUGAUCAUCGUCAUUGUCGCACCGCCAUCACCGACACCACAUUAACUGUCACCGUCGCCUGUCACCGAGAAUAUACCGUCAUCGUCAUCGUCAUCGUCAUCGCCCACCGUCACAUCACACACCGUCACACUUGCCAUCAAGCGCGAACACCAAAAUAAUUCGCCUGAAAUAAGGCCAUUAUAUCGCAAAGAGUAUCAGCCGAUUGUUGAAUAUAUAUAUUCAUACGAUCACAGAUUUGAUAAAAAAAAGGAAGAAAAAAGACGGGGUGCACGACGGUAUAUGAUUAUUAAUACGCAAAUUAAAAUCGGCGCGUCUCGCGAAGAUGAAAGAGACGGAAGGAUGGGAAAGAGAAAUAGAUGGUGUGUGUGUAUGUGUGUGUGUGCGCGUGUGUGCGUGCGCGUGUGGGUGUGUGUUUGCAUGGAGGGAAAACGAGUCACUGCCGCUCGUGCGAAUAACACAGAAGAUAGAUAACGAGGAUAAAAAAAAGAGACACGCAACGACGGAGAAUCGAGAAAUAUAAUUAUUACGCGAUAUCUUUUUAGGCGAACACGAGUUGCCAUCGAUUAACGUUAUGAGUACUACCGUUCAUUUCCUGGCUUUCCGCGAACGCACGUUUGUUUGCUUUUGGCUGAGCUUUUCCUGUACCGAUUUUUCAUUUUCUCAGACAUUCGGAGUACACGUGCGUGCGCGUUUCACGUGUGUGCGUUGAACGAACGAGAAUCUUCGAAACGGGAAAUGGACUGUAGUGUGGAUCACGUUACAAUUGAAUUUGAUCGUUCAGAAUUUAUGAAUAAAUAGUUGUUAUAUUAACGAUUAUAUCACGACGAAAGAGGAGGGAAAAGCGUGUGGUUUGUCGCGAGGGAAAAAAAAAGGGAAAUUGCAGAAAAAGAUCUAUCGCGUUUACGUAGGCAGUACGUAUGUAUGUCUCUCUUCGAUUUAACCGAAAAGCAAAAAUCAAUCACAAACCAUGCCGCUGUAUUUUCGGCGAACACUCGUCGAGCAAAAGUCGCAGAUUGCGCGAAUGUAGAUAAAA